AUGGCACUGAUUUUAAAGGGAGCCGUGAAAUUAUAUUAUUACCUGAACGAUGAUAUUGCCGAUGAGAGAACGCAAGACUGGCCUCUUAUGAGAACACCGUGGCCUGGUUUAGCCAUACUCGUGAUUUAUUUAAUGGCAGUAUUCAAGUGGUUGCCCGAAUAUAUGAGCAAGCGACCUGCAUAUAACCUCCGGAAAACAAUAGCUUUGUAUAACAUUAUUCAGAUACUCUACUGUUUUUAUGUUGUUUACCAAAGCUUGAAAUUGGGAUGGUUAAGUCAUUACAAGUUUGUUUGCCAACCCGUGGACGACGGUCCUAACAGUAUUGAAUUUGCCUGGAAAGUUUGUUACACAUACUUUGUAAUCAAGAUAAUUGACUUACUCGACACGGUAUUUUUCGUUUUAAGGAAGAAACAGAAUCAAGUGACAUUCUUGCAUGUCUAUCACCACUUUGGAAUGGUUGCUGUCGCUUGGGGAAUGGUGAAAUGGGUACCAGGUGGGCACAUGACGCUUCUGGUCACUAUAAAUUCAUUCGUUCACAUAAUUAUGUAUACCUAUUACUUGCUGACUGUUUGGGAUGAAUCCUACAAAAAGUCUAUGUGGUGGAAGAAGCACGUUACACAAAUACAAAUCUUACAAUUCUCCAUACUCCUGCUACACUUUCUGAUGCUCGUUGUAGCCAAGGACUGUGCGUAUCCCAGGCAGCCUGCUUACAUAAUAAUUCCUCAGAAUCUCUUUAUGGUCAUUUUAUUUAGUGACUUCUAUUACAAAUCAUAUGUUAAAAGCAAGAAAACUAAUAAUUUAAAGAACAACUAA